AUGGCUCAAAAGAAUCCUAAAGGUGGUGGUGGUAGUGUGUCAGCAACAAAACAUAUCGAUAAUAAUGAUAUGUUUUUAAAACGAGCUCUAGAAAAAUUAUUAACUGAAAAAGAUAUGAAAAAAUCAUACCAUCAACAAUUAAAACGUGCAUGUGAAGCAGCACUUGCUUCUUUAACAAAAGAACCUCGAACUACAAAUAUUUUAUCUAUUCACGAAACUUAUUUUCUUCCGUUUGAAUUGGCUUGUACAUCAAAGAAUUCUCGAAUGAUCGAUACUUCACUGGAUUGUCUUCAAAAACUUCUUUUAAAUGGUCACGCAAUUGGCAAUAUAAGUGAUCCGAUCGAUUCAUCAAAAUUAUUAAUCGAUCGUAUUGUAUCUGUUAUUUGUGCAUGUUUUUAUGGCAUCCAAACUGAAGAAAAAGUUGAAUUACAAAUAAUAAAAAUUUGUUUAACUAUAAUGACGUCGCAAACAAUUGAAAUUCAUCAACGUAGUGUGCUACAAAUAGUUAAGACAUGUUUUAAUAUUUAUUUAACAAGCCGUUCGAAAAUUAAUGAGGCAACAGCACAAGGUUGUCUUUCACAAAUACUUAAUGGAAUUUUUUCGAAAAUGGAACAAAAAAUGAGUUUAGUUAAUGAGCGUAAACAAAAAGAAACAAUAAGUGUAGUGACAACUGAUUAUGAUGAAGAACAAGUAAUUAUUAAAGAUAUUCUCGAUGAACUUGUUGAGAAAAUUGUUUAUGAUGAAGCAACACUAGUAGAAACCAAUAGUUCAUUGUCAAACAACGAAAUUAUUGAAGAUACUCAAUCAACACAAGGAGAUAUCAAUGGCGAAAUAAGACAGAAUGAUGGAGAUUUGCAAUCGAUUGAUGAAGCAUCAUCUAUUGGAAAAGUCGUGUCAUCUUCAUUAUCAGCUGAUGAAAUAUCUGCUGAUAAUUACUUCCGACAUGCAUAUUAUGUUUUUCGUGCCUUAUGUAAACUAUCUGACCGAGAUAUUAAAGAUAAAGUCAAUACAGAUCCGAAGACUAAUUUGGAUCUUAAAUCUCGAAUAUUUUCAUUACGUCUAAUAAUACAAAUACUUCAAACAUCGGGUCCAAUAUUUCGUUCAUCAGAAGAUUUUCUCCUGAUAAUCAAAACAAGUUUAUGUGUAUCAUUAUCACGUAAUGGUGUUUCGUCCAUACCUGAACUGUUUGAAAUGUCUUUAUUUAAUUUUGUUGAAUUACUUGACAAAUUCAAAGCACAUUUAAAAAUACAAAUUGAAGUUCUAUUUCGUGAAAUAUUCUUAACAAUACUCGAAACAUCGACUAGUUCAUUUCGUCAUAAAUGGCUUGUUAUUCAAUCGUUGACAAAAAUUUGUGCAGAUGCUCAAAUAAUUGUUGAUUUAUUUAUUAAUUAUGAUUGCUCAAUGCGAUCUGGAAAUGUAUUCGAACGUCUUGUAAUUGUUCUUUCACGUGCAGCACAAGGUCGACAAGCCGUAGAAUUAGGUUGCAGUCAAGUAGAAGAGCAUAAUUUACGAAUGAAAGGCCUCGAAUGUCUUGUCUCAAUAUUACGAUGUAUGGCUGAUUGGAGUAAAGAUCUGUAUGUCAAUCCACAUCUACAAAGCAAUUUAGGACCAGAUACAAAACCAGUAAAUGAAAAUGGUCACGAUCAAGAUAGUAAUCGAUCAUCGUCAGGUUAUGUCGGUAGUGGAAUUCGUCGUACGGAUUCAAGUGCUUCAAUAAAUUCCUCGCAAUCAGCAGAACAUGUUCAUGAUUUUGAAUUAGUUCGUCAACGUAAAGAAUUAUUCGAAAAAGGCAUUGAUUUAUUUAAUCAAAGUGCUAAAAAAGGCUUAGAAUUUCUCAUUGAUAAGAAUCUUUUGAAUAAUGAACCGGAAGAUAUUGCGCAAUUUUUUCAUUCGUAUCAAGAUGUGUUAGAUAAAACAGUGAUUGGGGAUUGUCUCGGUGAAGAGGAUAAACGUCAUAAGCAAAUUAUGUAUGCGUAUAUUGAUCAAAUGGAUUUCAUACAAAUGGAUUUUUUAACGGCUUUAAGAAGAUUUUUAGCAGGAUUUCGAUUACCUGGCGAAGCGCAAAAAAUUGAUAGAUUAAUGGAAAAAUUUGCUGGAAGAUUUUGUGAAUGUAAUUCAAAUUUACAAAUAUUCGCCAGUGCUGAUGCAGCCUAUGUUCUGGCGUAUUCCGUUAUAAUGCUGACAACAGAUUUACAUAGUAUUAAUGUGAAGAAAAAAAUUACAAAAGAACAGUAUAUAAAAAUGAAUCGUGGCAUUAAUGACAGUCGUGAUUUACCAGAAGAAUUUCUAUCGAAAAUCUAUGAUGAAAUUAAAAACGAAGAAAUCAAACUUAAAGUUACGUCAAUGAAACGGGGAACAAAAGAAACUAUUACAAAUGAUAAACAACGAGAAUUAUUAUUUACUGUUCAAAUGGGAAACGUCGAGUCCAUAGCACGAGAUUUAAUGACUAGUGCAGGCUCCAUGAGUGAAGAGUUUACUAUAGCAAAAAAUUUAGAACAUGUUGGACCUAUGUUUCAAAAAGCCUGGUCACCAUGUUUAGCGGCAUUUAGUGUUAAUCUUCAAGAUAGUGAUCAUAUAGAUCUUACAAAUCUAUGUUUAAUUGGUAUUAGCUAUGCUAUUCGUAUAGCUUGCAUCUUUCAUAUGGAGCUUGAACGUAAUGCAUUUAUUCAAGCAUUAUCACGUUUUACAUUACUCAUGGCAACAUCACAAGUCAUAGAAAUCAAAGCAAAAAAUGUUGAAUGCCUCAAAAUACUAAUAUCAGUUGCACAAACCGAUGGAAAUUAUCUUGGUGAAGCUUGGUAUGAUGUUUUAAAAUGUAUUAGUCAAUUGGAAUUAGCGCAAUUAUUUGGUGUUAAUGUUAAUAAAGGAAAAAUGUCGGUUUCAAAUCAUCAUCAACUGGGUAUACCAACGCAUAUCGGUUCACCUUCAACAUUCAGUUUACCAUUUGAUAAUAUUUUCAAUACUGACAAAGGCUCAUCAAAUAGACGACUACAAACCAUUCAUGGUCAAAUUCAUGAAACAAGCUCACAGAAUAUAGUUGUUUCUGUUGAUCGUAUUUUUGCUGGAUCAGCACGGUUGGAUGGCGAUGCAAUUGUGGCAUUCGUUCGUAGUCUAUGUCAUGUAUCCAUGGAUGAAUUAUAUUCAACUCCACCUCGAAUGUUUAGUUUAUUAAAAGUUGUUGAAAUAUCCUAUUAUAAUAUGGGACGUAUUCGACUUACAUGGUCAAGAAUAUGGGAAAUUGUUGGUGACCAUUUUAAUAAAGCUGCUUGUCAUCCAUUGCAAGACGUAUCAUUUUUUGCAGUUGAUUCUUUACGACAGUUAUCGAUGAAAUUUCUUGAAAAAGGCGAAUUUCCGAAUUUUCGCUUUCAAAAAGAAUUUCUUAAACCAUUUGAAUUGAUCAUGAAAAAAAAUUCAUCACCAACUAUGCGUGAUAUGGUUGUUCGUUGCAUAACACAUUUUGUUGAUGCACAAGCAAAAAAUAUUCGGUCUGGUUGGAAAAAUAUAUUUAGUGUUUUUCAAAUGGCUGCUACAGAUACAGAUGUGCAAAUUGUUGAAUUAGCUUUUCAAACAUGUACACUUAUUGUUGAUGUGGUUUUUGAUCGUUAUUUUGCAUCAAUAUUGGACAGUUUUCAAGAUGCUGUUAAAUGUUUAUCAGAAUUUGCUUGCAAUGUCUCGUUUACUGAUACAUCCAUGGAAGCCAUACGAUUAAUUAGGCAAUGUGCGAAAUAUGUGGCUGAAAAACCACAAAUUUUUCGUGAACAUGCUGGAGAAGAUCUAAUCAAUGUACCCGAAGAAGAUCGUAUUUGGGUUAAAGGAUGGUUUCCUAUUCUCUUUGAAUUAUCAUGUAUUAUUAAUCGGUGUAAACUUGAUGUGAGAACAAGGGCAUUAACCGUCAUGUUUGAAAUAAUGAAAAGUUAUGGUGAAAGUUUUACUCAGAAUUGGUGGAUUGAUUUAUUCAAUGUUGUUUUUCGUAUUUUCGAUAAUAUGAAACUGCCUGAUACACAAGUAGAGAAAAUUGAAUGGAUGACAACAACUUGUAAUCAUGCACUCUAUGCUAUUGUUGAUGUAUUCACACAGUACUACGAUGUUAUACCUGAAUCGGUUGUUAAAGAUUUAUAUGCUCAAUUGAAAUGGUGUAUUAAUCAAAAUAAUGAACAAUUGGCAAGAUCAGGAACGAAUUGCCUAGAAAAUUUUGUUAUUGCUUGCGGUCAACAUUUUACUCCGAAGAUAUGGGAAAAAUUAUGUACUUGUAUAUUAGGAGUGUUUCAUUCAACGCUACCCCAAACGCUUUUAACAUGGCGACCUGAUUCUGAAUCAUCAGGAAUGUUAACAAUCAGCGAAUCUGCUAUACUCGAUCGUACCGAUAGUUCAUUUGAUCAGUCAAUAGUCGAGUCAGCUGCCAGUCAACAUCAUCGUAUGACACGAGCAGGUAGUAGCAGUAGUGUAAAUAGUGCUACAUCAGAUCAACAAGAACCACAUUUUAAUAAUCGCCAUAGCGAACGAACAAAAACGAAUUCAGAUCUUAUGCAAUUUCAAAUUUUAUCAAUAAAAUCUAUUGUACAAAUAGAACUAAUUCAAACAGUUGAUAAUAUUAUUUUUUAUCCUUCUUCAAGUAAAAAAGAAGAUUUACAAUAUAUUUCUAUAGCACAUGCAUUAGCAAGUACACCCGUUGGACAAGAAAAUUUAUCUUAUAUUACAUCGCUUGAUGAUUUACAUAAUGAACAUGGGAUGUACAAACAUAUGAGUUUUGAUCAAUUAAUUUUGCUUGUUGAUUGUUUACUCGAAUCACAUAUGUUUGCACGAGCAUUUAAUUCUAAUAAUGAACAAAGAAAUCUUUUAUGGAAAGCUGGAUAUCGAGGCAAAAUCAAACCAAAUUUAUUAAUACAAGAAACAAAUAGUAUUGCGUGUGCAUUCCGUAUUCUUUUUCGUUUAUACAGUGAUACAAAAUAUAUCGAUUCAAAUGAUUUACUCAAAAAACGAAUACUCAAAUUAACUCGUGAUAGUUUGGAAUAUUAUUUAGCAUUACAAUCGGAAAAUCAUCGUGAAGCAUGGACAAAUGUUCUUAUGCUUCUAUUAACAAAAUUAUUAAAACUCGAUGAAGAACAAUUUAAAUACUAUUCGAUUGAAAUCUAUCCACUUAUCUCUGAAAUAGUUGUAUUUGAUUUGAAACCUGAAUUAAGGUAUAUAUUACGAGAAUUUUUACUUCGUAUUGGUCGAUCAUUUUUACUAAAAACAGUGAUUUAA